CGGUGCGGAGCCGCACCGAGCCCCCCCCCCCCCGGCCCCCGGCAGCGCCCAGCGGAUCGGGGCAUCCUCGACGGGGCCGAGCCGGGUCCCCGGCACCGAGCCCCGGGUCCGGGCGAUGCCGCGGCGGAGGCGGCGGGGGAUGCUGGCGCUGCUGCUGGCUUCUCUCUUCGUUUUUGGCACGGUGAUGGCGCUGCGCACGCUCCGAGCCGCCGCCGGGCUCCCCGCCGGUGUCCCCCCCGGGGUGGCCGAGCCCCCCGAACCCCCCGGUGGCCGCGGGAUGCUGCCGGGGGCCGGUCCUUCCUACGACCUGCACGCUUUCUACUACGCCUGGUACGGCAGCCCCCGCUUCGAGGGCCGCUACCUGCACUGGGACCACGCCCUGGUGCCGCACUGGGACCCCAAGGUGUCGGCCAGUUACCCCCGGGGGCGCCACCGGCCUCCCGACGACAUCGGCUCCAGCUUCUACCCCGCUCUCGGCCCCUACAGCUCCCGCGACCCCGCCGUGGUGGACGAGCACAUGGGCCAGCUCCGCGACGCUGCCAUCGGAGUGCUGGUGCUGUCGUGGUACCCACCUGGCCUAGCCGAUGACAGCGGGGAGCCCUCGGACAGCCUCGUGCCGUUUAUACUGGACGCUGCACAAAGAUAUGCCAUAAAGGUUGCCUUCCACAUCCAGCCAUACAAAGGGCGCGACGACCGCACUGUGCACGAGAAUAUCAAAUACAUCAUGGACAAAUACGGAUCACACGCAGCUUUUUAUAAGUACAGGACCAGCACUGGCAGGAGCCUCCCGCUGUUUUAUAUCUACGAUUCCUACUUGACACCAGCCGAAUCCUGGGCCAACCUUCUCACACCAUCGGGCUCCCACUCCCUCCGCAACACUGCCUACGAUGCCGUGUUCAUAGCACUGCUGGUGGAGGAAGGGCACAAGAACGACAUCCUUUCCGCGGGAUACGACGGCAUGUACACGUACUUUGCAUCCAACGGCUUCUCUUUUGGCUCAUCCCACCAGAACUGGAAAGCCAUCAAAACCUUCUGCGACUCCAACAACCUGAUGUUCAUCCCCAGCGUUGGCCCGGGCUACAUCGACACCAGCAUCCGCCCCUGGAACAACCACAACACUCGGAACAGAGUCAAUGGGAAGUACUACGAAACAGCCCUGCAGGCUGCCCUCACGGUCAGGCCGGAGAUAGUCUCCAUCACAUCUUUCAACGAAUGGCACGAAGGCACCCAGAUCGAGAAAGCUGUCCCCAAGAAGACGCUGACGCGCCUUUAUCUCGAUUACCUUCCCCACCAGCCCAACAUGUACCUGGAGCUGACUCGCAGGUGGGCAGAACAUUUCAGCAAAGAGAAAGAGCAGUGGCUGAUGUGACUUCAGCGUUCACCUGACUCACAAAGACAUCCUGCUGACAGAGCUGCAGCACGGAGAAGUGCUUCAGAAAAAAGCACGCGAGGAAACGCAGCCACAGAACCUUCAGCCUCGCCGGGCCGCUGAAUGCCAGCAGCAACCUGCAAGUGUCCCAAGGACUGUCCGAGUCCCAGCUACGAACUCACGGGAGGAAGCGUUAUAAGGAGUAGGAAAUCUCUAAGGAGCAGCUGAAUCUCACUUCCUGCAGAUGUAGUAGAGGAACUUUUCAGAGCUCUUCUGGAAUUUGCAAGGGGUGCCGGCUUGUGGGCCAAAGAUGGGGUUUUCCUUACAGUGUGUGUGUUCGGGGACGUUUUAUGUAGGUAGCUGGGUUCCAGCAUGCAUUUAACUUGAAGCCCCUGGCCCGCUGCCUGCCAUGACCACGGAUCCCUCACUCCACUAGCAACCUUCAAAACAUUUCCCUAUCAGUUUACUGUACAAAGAAAUAAAGAUUUCUCUAAAUUGUCUACUGUAAAUGAAACUAAGCCAUGCAGUUACAUACCCUUUACUUUACCCAAGCAUUUCUAUGCCAAGGAGUUCUGCGCUGCACAUUGUUACUGUGGUCCACUGCAUCCAAAUACCUACAGAGAAUUAGAGCUGGAAUGCUAGUGACUAUUUACUGCCACUACUGUAUGUGCUGGAAACCGAGGCAAUGCAACCAUUUAUACUAAAAGCUCCUAACUGAUCGUUUAGUGUGCCAAGUUUUGAAAAUUCAGACCUGAAAUUGCUUUAUUCCCUUUAGAACCCAUGGAAAAAAGCCACUUGCAAUAAAAAUGCAGCUGAAAAUAC